AUUUUCUCGAGAAAAUUCAGAAAGAAAAUCUCCAUUGUUGCGUUCUCUCUGGGAAAAUCAUAUUCAAAUAAAGAAGUUUUUCCUUUCGAUCAUUGAGAUGGAUCCAGAUCGACCAGUAAUGCAAAACGAUGCAGGGAAACGAAACGCCACUUGUGUUUCAGCUCUUAAUAUGAUAAUCAAGUCUCUAUGGGACAUUAGCGUUUUCGCAAGCUCCAGAGACGAUGAACCUGUUUUUCAUGAGUUCCUUCUCAACGAUCUAAGUCUCAAACAUCCUCUGGAAGCAAAUAGUGUUUUUGAUCUGUUUCUAAACAUCUUGGAGGCUCUGCCUAACUGGGGUUCGUACUUUGAAGUAUACGAAGUGGCGAAAAAGAUUUGCAAUCGAUGCAAGAUGGAUUUGGAAUAUCCGACUGAACGUUCUUUUGGUCUUAUCAUCAAUGCUAGUUCACUCAGAGAAUCUGCAUUCAAGGAUUUUACAUUUGAGAAUAUCGUUAAGGUCAUCAAGAUGAACUUAAAGAUGCCUUGUGAUAAGGAAGGAUGUGGGAAACAAAACUAUGUUCAACGUAUGAUUAACAAUCUUCCAUCUGUUUUCACAAUUGCACUUGAGUGGACAAAGAAUGAGACUGCAGGAGAAAUAUACGAUACUGCUUCUGUUCUGGCGACUGAGAUUGAUGUUAGUGUGAUAUACCAAUGCGAAGCUGACAAUCGAUAUACCAAGUUCCGUCUUGUCUCAAUGGUUUGCUCGGAUGGAGAUCGAUACAACUGUGUAGCUUAUGAAAACAAUAGAUGGGUUAUUGGAGACUGGGAUAGUGUUGUCAGCAUUUGUUUAACGCAGAGUAUUCGACCCCAGAUUCUGUUUUUUGAAAGCGAUAUGAGAUCCCCUAGAACCCUAGAGAUACCCUCCUCUCCCUUCAGCACUUGUAACGGUUUGGCCUUUAACAUAAAUCCUGAUUUGAACUACUUUGAGCAAAUUGUUCCUUAUGGGAUUCCUGAUAAACAAGUUACAUCGUUGCGAAGAGAGACGGAUACCUUGCUUCCUUCAGAAGAAGUUAUUCAUGAGCAGUUGGUUUCUUGUUUAGCCAAAGCUUUUUCUUAUGAUCUUGUUGUGUGGAAGGAAGAUCCUUCAGUCAUUUUGGUCACCCAAGAUAACGAAUAAUCUGGUUUGACACAGUUUUGAUUUCUGCUUGACAUCAUUGGUUGCUGGAUUUGGCCUGUUUUUUAAAAAAAAUCUAGUAAACGUCUCAGCUUUGUCUUUCUUACAUCAAAAGUUUCUGCCUUACAUUUUUGUAUGAGACAAUGAGUAAGAUCUGAAUCUUUUCUGAUUGAUGUUCAGGUUUCUUGGUGAGAGGCCAUUUAAUUGGCGAUACUGAAGGUGCCACUGCAGUUCUUUAGCCAUGAAUGAGAGAGUAUGUUCACAAAUUUUUUCCUUUCCCUUCUUGUAGUACUUAGCUUUCUGUUUUUGUUUGAGUUUAUGAUUCUUAUGAUACCAUUAUUUGGUUUUUAUGUCUGCAUGAUUGUUUACUGUUGAGUUUCUUGUGAAUGUAGGAAUAUGUGAUGUUCCAAGUAAAAAAUUUCAAGUUGAUGAAGAGAAUAUCUGUUUCCAAGAGAAGGUAAGACUGCUAGUCCUUUUUCAAUCAAAAUUUGGUUUGCUUUGUACAUAAGUGUAUACUUUUAAACAAUCGAAAUGAGAUACUUAACUCUGGGAUACAUAUGUAGUUUCAGGCUUUUAUGUUAUUCACGUUGGAACCUUAAGCCAGACAAGAACCCUAGCCAAGGUUAUGUCUGGUUCUUAUCUUCCUGGUUCAAAGUCUUUUUUUCUUUCUUAUUGAACAUAAACAGAGAAAAGAAUGGAAUAAAGGGACGAUUAGGAU